AUGUCGGAAAAGGCCGAGUUUCUACGGUACGCAAGUCCAAAUGAGAUGCGCACGAUUGUCCGAGAGGAUCUCGGCUUCUAUCACGCAGUCAUAAUCGGCGCCGUCUAUGAGUUUGAGGACGGCUUCGACGUCAAGUCGCCUCGCUCCUACUUUGCGCCCCUGAAGCACUGCAUUGACCAGCACCCCUUCUUCAGCGUCACUGUUGGCGACAGACACACCGAGAAGGCGUUCUAUCAGCGCGUGCCUAGUAUCAAUCUUGAGGAUCACAUCACUAUUGUUGAUGAUCCGAAUGUCGCCGCUGAUCCUCUGGGUGCGAUUGGCAAGGUGCUGGUUCCUGAGCUGGACCUCCCGUUCACCGCCGGCAACCCACCGUGGAGGAUCGUCGUGCUACCUUUGAAGCCGUCGGAAUGCUUCAUCGCGUUCUCAUUCUCCCACAUGAUUGGCGACGGCCCGACAGGAAUUGCCUUUCACAAGACUUUCCUGGCCGGAUGCAGAGGAACUCUUGUUGUUGAGCCUACAGCAAUUGUCACCCCUCCAGCAACCCCAUUGGCGGAACCAUUCGACACACCCGAGAGACUACCCAUCUCGUGGAAAUUCCUCCUCGAACCUCUUAUCGCGCUGUUCAUGCCAAGCUUCCUCGUCAAGCUGCUGGGCAUGCGCCUCGGGGCAUCCACCGUCAACGAGGGCACGUUCACCGGAGGCAUCAUGACAUACAACCCAGAAAAGUACUACACCAAGCUCAGGAUCCGGGAGAUCAAGGCACCGCAGGUUGACAACGCGAUCCGGGCUGCAAGAGCGCACGAAGCCAAGCUCACGGGGACGAUGCAGGCGCUCAUUGCCCGUGCUGUUAGCAAGACCAUGCCGGAUCCCAAGUUCACCAACCUUGUCGCCGAGACGGCUGCUAACAUGCGCCGGUCCGUCGGUGUCUCCAACGACGUCGAUGGACAAUUUGUUUCAGGCGGCUACAUCCCUUUCCCUCGCUCUGAUGCCACCGGGCCUCUGACCGACAAGGAGUGGGCAUCAGCCAGCGCUUCUACGCGCGAGCUUGCCGCAACCGCCGUCAGACUGCACGAUCAGCCGGUAGGGCUACUGAGAUACGCGCCCAGUAUCCGCAAGUGGACCUUGUCCAAGGUUGGAAAGUCUCGAGACUCUUCUUUCGGGAUCAGCAACGUCGGCGCCUUUGACGCCGGCGUCGCCGAGAAGGAGUCGGCCAAGAUCACCAAGAUGGUGUUUGCUCAGCCCGGAAGCGUCGCCAGCUCUCCGAUAACGUUCAACGUGAUCGCGGUCAAGGGAGGCGAUCUGGUGUACACGGUUACGUGGCAGCCGGGCUCGCUGGGGCUUGGCCUGAGUGAGGAGCAGGAGGACAAGGUGGUGGACGAGAUCUGCGCGUCUGUGGAUCAGGGCUUCAAGGAUCUGGCCUAG